GCGUCUGCUCCGCCCGCCCGGCCCGGGACCCCCGGGACCGCCCGGGACCCGCCGGCAUCCGCCGGGAGCCACCGGGAACCGUCCGGAACCCACCGGGAACCGCCGGGAACCCGCCGAGACCCCCCGCGACCCCCGAGCCAGGAUGGACCGCAUGACGGAGGACGCGCUGCGCCUGAACCUGCUCAAGCGGAGCCUGGAGCCGGCCGAGGAGCGCGAGGACGUGCUGGCCAAGAGGCUGAAGAUGGAGGGCCACGAGGCCAUGGAGAGGCUGAAGAUGCUGGCGCUGCUCAAGCGCAAGGACCUGGCGGGGCUGGAGGUGCCCCACGAGCUGCCCGUGAAGCCGGACGGGAUCAAGGGCUACGAGGAGAAGCUCAACGGGAGCCUGAGGCCCCACGGCGACGGGCGCGGCGCGGCCCGGCCGGGCAAGGAGAACAUCAACGACGAGCCCGUGGACAUGAGCGCCAGGAGGAGUGACCAGGAGCGGGGCAGGCUGACGCCGUCCCCGGACAUCAUCGUCCUGUCGGACAACGAGGCCUCCAGCCCCCGCUCCAGCUCCCGCAUGGAGGAGCGGCUCAAGGCGGCCAACCUGGAGAUGUUCAAGGGGAAGAGCCUGGAGGAGAGGCAGCAGCUGAUCAAGCAGCUCCGGGACGAGCUGCGGCUGGAGGAGGCCCGGCUGGUGCUCCUCAAGAAGCUGCGGCAGAGCCAGCUCCAGAAGGAGAACGUGGUGCAGAAGACCCCCGUUGUCCAGAACGCCGCGUCCAUCGUGCAGCCGUCGCCCGCCCACGUGGGACAGCAGGGCCUGUCCAAGAUCCCCUCCCGGCCCGGGGCUCAGGGCGUGGAGCCGCAGAAUUUAAGGACAUUACAGGGCCACAGCGUGAUCCGCUCGGCCGCCAGCUCAGCCCUGCCCCACAUGCUGAUGUCCCAGCGCGUCAUCGCCCCCAGCCCCGCGCAGCUCCAGGGCCAGCGCGGGCCCCAGAAACCCGGCCUGGUGCGCAGCUCCACGCCCGGCAUGAGCCCCGCCAUCAACUACCAGCCGCAAUCGGGCUCGUCAGUGCCGUGCCAGCGCUCGUCCUCCUCCGCCAUCUACAUGAACCUCGCGUCGCACAUGCAGCCGGGCUCGGUGGCCCGCGUGUCGUCCCCGCUCCCCAGCCCCAGCGCGCUCUCGGACGCCGCCAACUCGCAGGCCGCGGCCAAGCUGGCGCUGCGCAAGCAGCUGGAGAAGACGCUGCUGGAGAUCCCUCCCCCGAAGCCGCCGGCGCCGCUGCUGCACUUCCUGCCCAGCGCCGCCAACAGCGAGUUCAUCUACAUGGUGGGGCUGGAGGAGGUGGUGCAGAGCGUCAUCGACAGCCAAGGGAAGAGCGCCCCGGCGGUGCCGCGCGUGGAGCCGUUCGUGUGCGCGCAGUGCCGCACCGACUUCACGCCGCACUGGAAGCAGGAGAAGGGCGGGCGCAUCCUGUGCGAGCAGUGCCAGACCUCCAACCAGAAGAAGGCGCUCAAGGCCGAGCACACGAACCGCCUCAAGAACGCCUUCGUCAAGGCCCUGCAGCAGGAGCAGGAGAUCGAGCAGCGGCUGCAGCAGCAGGCUGCCCUGUCCCCCACGGCUGCGCCCGCCGUGCCCAGCGUGGGCAAACAGGACGGGAUCCUGCGGCACCACACGCUCCGGCAGGCCCCGCAGCCCCAGAGCAGCCUCCAGCGCGGCAUCCCCACCUCGGCCCGCUCCAUGCUCUCCAACUUCGCCCAGGCCCCGCAGCUCUCGGUGGCCGGGGGGCUCCUGGGAAUGCCAGGGGUGAACAUCGCGUACCUGAACGCCGGCAUCGGGGGCCACAAAGCGUCGAGCCUGGCGGACCGGCAGCGGGAGUACCUGCUGGAUAUGAUCCCGCCGCGCUCCAUAUCGCAGUCCAUCAGCGGGCAGAAAUAGCCCCGGAUCCCCGCAGCCCCGACCGGGCCGGGCUGGGCCCAGCCGGGCUGAGCCGGGCCGAGCCGGGCUGAACCAGGCCAAACCUGGCUGGGCUGAACCGGGCUGAGCUGAACCAGGCCGGGCGCCGCCGCCGCCUCCCGGGGACAACACAACAGAUCAGACCGAGAACCGCAGAGAAACAAACAGCGAAAACAAAACAAAAACAGCGACCCCAGACGCAAGAAACAUUUCAGAGGCGCCUGCCCCCGGUGCUCCCAGCCCGAACUGCCCCCGGUUCCCCGGCCGGAGCAGCCCCGGCCCCGCCGCUCGUUUUGUAACGCCGCCGCUUCCCCCUUGUGUUGUGGGUUUGUUUUUUGCCCCUUUUUUCCUUAUUUUCGCCCCCCUCCCUUGGCUCCAUGGAUGGUUAAAGCUUUUUUCUCCCUUUUUCCAGAGACUUUGGCAAGGGCACCUUCCCCAUUUCCCCGGGGGGAGAUUUUGGGG